GAGAGAGAGAGAGAGAGAGAGAGUGGCCAACGGAGAUCACUGAAAUAAAACCAGAGCUCACUUCUCAGCCUCACCCGCCGCCCUCUCUAUCCUACCGCCGCCGAUAAUGCCUGUCUCCGAUGACGUCCAAUCUACGGCGCUCGCGCAACUCUCCGACGACGACGAAGACCCCGAAGAGCUCGAACAAGUGGACCAGGAGCUCGAAGAACAGAGGGACGAAGUUGACAUGGAUAUCUCAAAUUCGCCGAUUCAUGUUCACCCUAGAGAUGAGAGACAAAAAGAUACAAAGUAUGAGGGACUGGGCGGGCACUUGGGACCAGGCUCUUCUACUCGGGGGAAAGCUGAAGCAGGGCCGCCAUCUAACGUUCUUGAUGUGGAAGAAAGUACGAGUAAUUCCAAUUUUUGUGGUACUUCAAAUGAGGCAUUACGGUUGAAGUCUCAUAAUUUUUUUGCUCGUGCUGGAGACUAUAGAAGCCAAGAAUUUGCUAGAAAUGAUGCUGGGAUUCUUUCAGGAAAGAAAACAUCUACACGCCUUACUGAUUCACAUGCUAAUGCCAAGGGUGUUAUCAAUUCAGAUGAUGAGAUAAAACACGUUUUACAGCCCACAAAUGAUGGAAAGCAAAUAGAAUCAAGGUUGUCCGGAUCAGCUGCUUCUAAUAGAGGGACACAUAUAAGGUCUCCUGUUGCUGAGACUAGUGAUCCAAACAAGCGCCCAGCAAUUGUAUGCGACUUUUAUGCAAAAGGUUGGUGCAUUAGAGGUGCUUCAUGUAGGUUCAUACAUACCAAAGAUAGUCCAAUGAAUAGUUAUCCACAUCCUGAAGGAGAUGUUGCUUCUGCAAGCUGCAGUAAAGAAGUCAGGGGUGAUGAAGGUCUGAGAGACAUACCUGAGAGAUCAAGAUUGCCUGCUUUUCAUGACCCACUAGCUUCUUCCAGCGGAAAUAGUUUUCCGUUUUCCUUGAAUCAAGGAAUCUUAAGAAACCAUCAGCUUCAAUCAGUUCAACGUGAGGAAUCAAAUGUGGGUGAUUCCUCUGAUGUGCAGAAAUUGCACUUACCCAAAGAUGAUCUAGCAUUUCUCACCUCCUACAAGGGUGAUUCCUCUGAUGUGCAGAAAUUGCACUUGCGUACAGAUGAUCUAGCAUUUCUUACUUCCUAUAAGGAUGUGGAAAAGGAGGGUCGGAUACGAAAUUGGCUUGCUGAUGAUUAUAACAAGUCACCUAAUAAAAAAGGCAGGUAUGCUACAGGAAAUACCUCUUCUCAUUCGAGCAGUUUGGAGGACCUGACUGGAGUUCGGAUACAACGUGUGCACGGUGAUCAUACUUCACCACUUGUGAGCCAUUCACUAAACUCAAAUACUGUUAAAGCUACUGGCUUGUUCCCCAGUGGCCGUACUUCAAAUUGUACUGGAUUUUCAUUGCGUGCAAGUUAUUCCAGUUUAGAUGCAAAUCCUCUGAGUUCUAAAAAGCUCUUAGGCAGCAAUAGGGAUUAUAAUGCUUAUACUAGACCAUCUGCCUUUCUGAAAAGCUCUUCUCCCUUCACUAAUUCUGAACUGAAUAAUUAUCCCCCAACCGGCGUCUCACAAAUUUCUUCAAACAAAUGGGAGCCAUCAGAACCCUUCCGGCCAUCUUUAAUCCUUCCUUCUGCUUUUCCUUCGUUUUCACCAAAGCAGUAUGACCCUCUUCGUGGUAGCAUUGAGUUACCCAAGUUACUGAAAAACUCCUUUGAAGCUUCUUUUCACUCUGAUGGGGCAAUCAUUGGGAAAAAACUGCAUCCGAAAGUACUUGCUGAAACUGGCAGUGGGACUCUCCAUCCAGCUUGUGAUGCUGAUACGAACUCUAUGUCUUCACAUAAUGAGAAGGUAUUAGAUAACAGCUGCUAUACACGUGACCCUAAUUCACCUGUAAAUGAAGCAGAGACAGUGGGAACUUCUGUUGUCUACCAAAAUGGAACCUUGACUAAAGACGAGAAUCCCUUGGGCCACUCUCAAGUCAAAGGUAGUACAAAUUUAAACAGAAUCAGUAUGCAUGGUGAUUCUAGACGUCACAGUGAUGGUUCUAGUCACCAAAGGGACAUUAAAGUAGAUAGAUGUAGAGAAACUAAUGAAGAAGAAGUUGGGCAUUUAACAGAUGGGGAUGUACAACAAGAGUCAAAAGAAAUGAGGCAAUUCCGGGGUGCUCUUAUAGAAUUAGUGAAAGAGUUGUUGAAACCAAAAUGGCGUGAAGGUACUCUCAGCAAGGAUGCACACAAUAAGAUAGUUAAGAAAGCAGUAGACAAGAUUAUCAGUGCUUUUCAGCCCCAACAAAUCCCACCAACCAUAGAAGCAGUUACGCAAUACUUGUCUGCUUGCCGUCCAAAAAUAUCAAAGCUUGUUGAGGGAUAUAUUGAAAGAUAUGGCAAAACCUGAGAUAUUAGGCCAAGUGCGUUUUCUUUUGCACAGUUUCAUACUCAUCUUACUAACUUGAGAUGGACAGUUUGUGGAGAUCCUUUUUUUAUGUAUUAUUUAAUGAAACAUAAGUAGAACUGAAUUACUGUGGAAAGUUAGUUUUCUUAAAAAGAAGCAUUGCUGAUA